AUGUCUUCAAAUCAAAUCCAACUAUCAAAAUUUGAAUUAAUACGCAAUGAAGUUUUACUGGAAAUUCUUGAGUAUUUUUCAUCCUAUGAUAUAUUUCAAACAUUUUAUUAUCUCAAUAAACGUUAUAAUGCUUUACUUUUUUCACUUUAUCUUCGUAUGGGUCUGCUAAAUAUAUCGAAAAAGUCUUUCGAUUAUUAUGAUUAUUAUAUAUUUUCUCUUGUUGCAAAACAUAUUAUUUCAUUUCGUCGUGAAGAUAAAUUUGUUCGUUUAUUAUAUCAAAUUCUUUUAUCUUAUUUUAUUUCAAUAAAAUAUUUGACUAUCUAUAAUAUACAUAUUGAAAGUUGUCAAUCUAUUGUCUUACAGUUAAAUAAAUCACGACAACUUAUUUAUUUAAAUCUAUAG